AGUGGCGGGGUAAGCGCUGUGGUUUGACGCUGUCACGCCGCUCUCACGAUGAGUCGAGCCGGGGGGAUCCUCGGCUGCGGCCGGCGUCUUUCUGCGCUCGGGGUCUUGCAGCCCAAGGGACCUCUAGCUGGUAUCAAGCGGCUUCUUUCCACAGCUGAGUUCAGACCUCGAAUAUGUAUUGUAGGCAGUGGACCAGCUGGAUUCUACACAGCACAACAUCUCCUGAAGCAUCACAAACAGACUCAGGUGGAUAUUUAUGAGAAGUUGCCAGUUCCUUUUGGCUUGGUUCGUUUUGGAGUGGCUCCUGAUCAUCCAGAAGUCAAGAAUGUGAUCAACACAUUUACCCAGGCAGCCCACUCUGACCGCUGCUCCUUUGCUGGGAAUGUGACUGUGGGGAGGGAUGUAACUGUGGAGGAGCUGCAGGAGGCCUAUCAUGCGGUGGUCUUGUGUUAUGGCGCUGAGGACAAUCGGACACUUGGAAUUCCUGGGGAAGAGCUUGAAGGUGUCUACACGGCGAGAACCUUUGUAGGAUGGUACAAUGGCUUGCCGGAGAACAGAAAUCUGAAGCCAGACUUGAACAGUGAGACAGCAGUCAUCCUAGGUCAUGGGAAUGUGGCGCUGGACAUUGCACGGAUUCUCCUAUCGCCUCUUGAAAUCCUUCGGAAAACUGACAUCACUGAAGAGUCCUUCUCAGCGUUGGCCAGCAGUAAAGUCAGGCGGAUUUAUCUUAUUGGCAGAAGGGGUCCCCUCCAGGUGGCUUUCACUAUAAAGGAGCUGCGGGAAAUGAUCAACCUACCCAGCGUUAGACCUUUCCUGGAUCCUGCUGAUUUCAGAGAUCUUGGGGAUGCCAUUAAAGGAGUCCAACCUGUUUCCUUUUUGGAUUGGGAGAAGAUUGAUGCUGUUGAAGUGGCAAGAGGCAAAUUGGCCGGAAAGCCUCGGGAGAAAAUAAUUGAUCAGGAGGAAAUGCUAGAAUUGAUUGGACAAUGA